AUGGGGCACCACUCAUGCUGCAACCAGCAAAAGGUGAAGAGAGGGCUUUGGUCCCCAGAAGAAGACGAAAAGCUCACCAGAUAUAUCUCUACUCAUGGCUAUGGCUGCUGGAGUGAAGUCCCUGAGAAAGCUGGGCUUCAAAGGUGUGGGAAGAGCUGCCGGCUCAGGUGGAUCAAUUACUUGAGGCCAGAUAUUAGAAGAGGGAGAUUUACCCCUGAAGAGGAGAAGUUGAUUAUAAACCUUCAUGGAGCUGUAGGCAACAGAUGGGCACAUAUAGCAAGUCACUUGCCAGGGAGGACAGACAAUGAGAUAAAGAACUAUUGGAAUUCUUGGAUAAAAAAGAAGCUAAAGAAACCUCAAUCAACAUCUCAUCAUCAUCAUCAUCAUCAGACAACCACAACAUCAAUAAUUGGUACUAAUAAUAACAUUGAUACCCAGCAACAAAUUCAGUUCCCUUUCAACAAUAUUAAUCCUGCAAAUAAUGACCAAAGGUUCUUCACUCAAGAUUUGGCGACGAAGCCCUUGCAAUUCCAAGAAACCCUAUUUUCCACCCCUAAUAUUAUUACUAACAUCGCCCCAUUUUUCACCUUCGACACCGCCGCCAUUGCCUCGCUGGGAGACUGCAGCGCCAACCGGGUCGACCCGCUGUUCCAAGAUUCUGAUGAGUUCUGGCAGCAACAGAUUCAGACUACGACGACGUCGUUUGGAUCGGGCGGCAUGGGUUCGGGUUAUUUUUUGCCGCCAUUGAUGGAUGAUUUGGGGCCGUUGGAUAAUGUGCCACCCACUAACCUGCAGUUUGACGAGGGGCAAGCGGCGCGUGACAAUCAAGUCAGCGAAUGGGGCGUCGACCCGACACAACAACAACAACAACGUCAGCAACUGCAACAAUGUCCGGCCGGCAGCAGUUAUCUGUUGUGGGAUGACGUCACAGAAGGGAAUCUUGGUGGGGAAGAAGAACUCAUUGGGGUCCCAACCACAUCACCCAUGCUAUCUUCUUUUCCUCCAUCUUUAUGAUGAUUUGAUUCACUAUUAACUUCUUUCUUUUAUUUUUUUUUUUCUUUUAAUUCCGGGAAUUCAAUUAAUAUAAUGUUUAUUUGA